AUGGAGAAGAAAUUUUUCGGUUUAAGUUUUUUCGUGGCAGCAACUAAUCUUUCUACUAAGACGAAGGGUCUUACCUGGAGAGAAAUUAAACAGCGAAAACGUAAAUGGAAAGAAGAGAGAACAAUAAAAAAAUUAGAAAAAAUGCAAAAAGAAGAAAUGGGUGAAGAAGAAGUUGAGGUUAAAUCUGACUGUAAACCAUGUGAAUUGAUCACCAUGAGUAUAGCAGUUCCUGGGUCAAUUUUACAAAAUGCUCAAUCUAACGAACUUCGAGCUUAUGUUGCUGGACAAAUUGCUCGAGCUGCUUGCAUAUAUAAAAUAAACGAAGUAAUAGUUUUUGAUGACGCAGAAGAGGAACCAUUAGCUUCCAACGAAAAGUCUUUAGUUAAAUGUUCAAAAUAUUGUCUUCAAUUUGGUAGACUUUUGCAAUAUUUAGAAUGUCCUCAAUAUUUAAGAAAAUAUUUUUUUCCCUUGCAUAGUGAUCUACAAUAUGCGGGCAUUAUGAAUCCUCUAGAUGCACCUCAUCAUUUAAGACAAGAUGAAAAUAAUGAUUUUAGAGAAGGCGUGACGCUAGAUAAACCUGUUAAAAACGAUAAAGGAACAUUCGUAGAAGUAGGUCUUACAAAGCAAGUGCUAGUUUAUAAACAUUUACAGCCUGGUUUACGAGUUACUGUGAAACUGAAUCCUCCAAAAGAAAAUUCCAAAAAAUUAAAAGGAGAAAUUGUGUCCCCUAAUUUUCCAUUACUAGACUCUAACCUUUAUUGGGGGUACACUGUACGUAUUGCCCAUUCAAUCAGUGAAGUUUUUUUAAACUGCCCCUAUAAGGGAGGAUAUGAUUUAAGCAUUGGAACUUCAGACAAAGGAAAAAACAUUGAUGAAAUUAAAAAAAAAGACUUGAGAAAUUUUAAACAUGGAUUAAUAGUUUUUGGCGGACUUCAGGGAUUAGAAAAUAUCGUUGAAAAAGAUACAACUUUAAAUGUUGAAAAUGUCUCACAUUUAUUUGAUUUUUACAUAAAUACAUGCCCAAAUCAAGGGUCUAGAACUAUUCGAACUGAAGAAGCUGUUUUUAUUACAUUGGCAGAAUUAAGAAAAAAAUGCUUAAAAAUUAUAAAUGUCUGA